ACAUCAUCAAUUUGAGGUUAGAGAUCUUAAGGAUACGUCAGGGCUAUUAAACAAAUAAUAAUUUUUUUUAAAAUAUUCCUGCAUACUCCUGUGAUGCUUUUGUCGGUUUAAUAGAAAGCUGCGCCUUAGCCCUAACUGAAAAUGUACUUUUUCACCUUAACACUCCUUUUAUUCUGCUCGAAUUUCCAUAAAAUCGCAGGCACUGAACUCACUUUUGAACUCCCUGAUAACGGGAAAGAGUGUUUUUAUGAAGAAAUUAAGGCCAACACCUCGGCCACUUUGGAGUUCCAAGUGGUAACUGGAGGCCAAUACGAUGUAGACGUGACUCUAUUAGACCCCAGGAAGAAUGUGAUAUACCAGCAAAUCAAGAUGCAAUUCGACUCGCACACCUUCACCGCUGCCAGCACUGGGGUGUAUGCGGCCUGUUUCAGCAACGAAUUCUCCACCUUUUCGCACAAAUUGGUUUAUAUGGACUUCCAAGUUGGAGAGGAGGAACCCCUGCCGGGUAUUGGAGAACAUGUGACAGCAUUAACACAGAUGGAGACAGCCGCUGUAGAUAUUCACAAAUACCUGAACCUGAUAGUGGAUCUGCAGACUCAUCACAGGCUCAGGGAGGCCCAGGGCCAAAAAAGGGCAGAGGACCUGAACGAAACUGUGCUAAAAUGGGCCAUUUUCGAGAGCGUUUGCAUUAUUCUGAUCGGAGUCAGCCAAACCUGGAUGCUGAGGAGCUUUUUCUCAGACAAAAGGCCCGUAACGGGUCACUAACUUAGUUUCAAGUUGUAUAUAGACAUUUUUUAGUAAUAAAUUCAAAGGCCAGAGUUUUGUGAUAGUGGUUUUGUCGUUACGUUAGAGUUUCAGGUAACGUUUUUGGUGCGGUGGAGUUUUGUGUGCGAGCUAUGUUGACUUUUUGAUGAUACUUUGCUGUCCAAAGAUCUUAAUUCAAUAAAGUAAAUUAAAGAAA